AUGAGAUUGCUGGUUUAUCGCCACACCUGGCAACCCAGCCCGCAGCCCGUCAGGAGGUUUUCUGUAACCGCAGAAAUGUUUAAAACAGAGAAAUUAAAAGCUUUGGUCAAUGAGAGACUUAAAGCUGCAGCUGAGGAAAUAUUCAGCAUCUUUGAAACAACUAUUAAAGACUACGAGGAGAAUGUUUGGCGUUCAAAACAGGAGAUCGAGCAACAAAGAAGAAGCCUGGCCGGAUGUAAAGCCCCCCUGCAGCCCUCUGUCCAGGUAAAAUACGCUCCCUCUGAGCAGGAUCUCUGUGAGAGAAAGAUUGACCAGGAUGACCAGGAGCCCCUGGAGAUCAAAGAGGAGCAGGAGGAGAACCUGAGGUCUGCUCCGGCAGGUGAAAAGCAGCAAGAGGAAGCUGAUGCAAAAGAAACGGCGUUCAAUAUAGUUCAUGUGCAAAGCAAUGAGGAAGAUGGAAUUCAGUUCCCACACCAAAACCAAGAAAUGGAUAAUAAAGAAGACAAUUUGCCCGGCAGCAGCUCAUGUAAACAGGUCAAGAAAUCAAAAGCUGAGAAAGAAGACUGUGGUUUAUCCGCCAGUGACGUUAACAUGAGUGAAACUAGUGACAAUGAAUGGUGGAGAGAUGGUGGAGGUGUCAUCAUGAAGGAUCCUCAGCACGAGACAGCAGAGAGGCCGUACACCUGCAGCGUUUGCAACAAGACCUUUAGUAUUAAAUCCAUUCUGACUCGCCACACGAAGACACACACAGGAGAGAAACCUUACAGUUGCGGUGUGUGUGGUAAAAGCUUCAUCCAGCGCUCUUCCCUUCAGACUCACAUGAACUCUCAGUCCGGACAGAAGCCGCACACAUGCCGUUUCUGUGGCCGAGGGUUCACACAAGUGGGAAACAUGAACCCCCACAUAAGAAUCCACACAGGAGAGAAACCUCACAGCUGCACCGACUGUGCUAAAAGUUUUAGAGAGAAGGCAGAUCUCAUCAAGCACACCAUAAUUCACACUGAUAAGAGCACAGGAGGGUGGGACUAA